AUGGCCGAAACCUUCUACCUCGUCAUCCUAGCCCUCACCAAAAUCUCCAUCCUCUGCUUCUACCUCCGCAUCUUCCCCCAACCCCACUUCCGCACCAUCACCCUCGUCGUCAUGACCUGGGUUGGCCUCUCGGGCCUGAUCUUUGUUUUCUGUCAAAUCUUCCAGUGCGCCCCCAUCUCCUUCAUCUGGGAAGGCUGGCGAAAAGGUGAAUUCGGCCCCUUUUCCUGCCUCGACAUCAACGCGCUGGGGUACACCACCGCCGCGUUCAGCAUCGCGCAGGACAUUGUCAUCCUUGUCAUGCCGCUUCCGCUGUUGAUCAAACUAAAUGUGAAUGUCCGGUCCAAAAUCUGCAUCAUCGUCAUGUUCUCGCUUGGGAUUUUUGCGCUUAUUACGAGCUGUGUGAGGUUGUGGGCUUUGUAUGAUUUUGGGGAUAGUGUUAAUCCGACGUGGGAUUAUACGAAUGCGUUGAUCUGGACUGGGUUGGAGGUGGGGGUUAGCAUUAUUGUUACUUCUCUUCCUGCGAUUAGGGUGCUGCUGGGUAGGAGGGGCAGGGGGGGCGGCGGCGGGUUGUUGGGUGGUGGUGGUGGUGGUGGUUGGUCGAGGGACAUGGCGUCGAGAGGGACCACGUCUAGUUUUGGGAACACGACUACUGUUGUGGCGAGCCGGCAUACUAUGCCGCCUCAUCUGAAGAGGAUUAGUAGCGUGAGUAGGAUUAGUUCUAUUAGGGUUGGGGAGGAGGAUACUGAGAAAGGGAGAGGGGAUGAUGUGGAAAGGGGCAGGGGAUUGGAGGUUUUGGAUGGGGGUAAAGCUGAACUGGAGGAUGUGAUGGCGAAGGGCAACGGGGGGUUGCAAGAGGAGGGGUUGAGGAGGCCGUGGAGUGAUGUUAGUGUUGGGAAUAGUACUGUUGUUGGAAGCGAAAGUGACUUUGAGCAGGGGGUGGAUAUUAGUGACCUAGGGUGGCCGUUUAUGAAUAAGGCUGUUUUGGCGGGGGCUGGGGGAGUAGGGGGGCAGAGAUUGAGUCAUAUGCCGAGUAUUGAUGAGGUUUUGACGUAUAGUGGUAGUAAUUGGCAGGGGAUUGGACCGAGGUCGCAGGAGAGUCAGGGGAGUAGGUUGUCGAAUAACUGGAGUUAUGAUUCAGAGGGGGCGGGGAAUAGUAUGUUGACUUAUAGUUGGGAGGAGAGUACGAGUGGAGGAUGGGAGAGUUGGGACUGGCAAGGGAGUGGGAGCGGGAGUGGGAGUGGGAGUGGGAGUGGGAUU